AUGUGGGCCCAGACGGAGUGUGGAGUCCCAGGGCAAGGUGUAGGUCCCAGGGCAGAGUGCUGGGUCCCAGGGCAGAGUGUAGUCCAGAAAAAAGAGUGUAGGUCCCAGGGCAGAGUGUAUGGGUUAAACAGUGGAGUGUGGGUCCCAGAGGCCAAGUGUAGGUCCCAGGGCCGAGUGUGGAUCCAGGAGCCGAGUGUGGGUCCAGGAUCAGUGUGGAUCCCAGGGCCAGGUCAUGGGUCCCAGGGCAGAGUGUGGGUCCCAGGAGCCGAGUGUAACAGGUCCCAGGGCCAGUGUGGGUCAGGAUCAGAGUGGAUCCCAGGGCCAGUGUGGGUCCCAGGGCAGAGUGUGGUGCCAGGGCCAGUGUGGGUCCCAGGGCAGAGUGUGGGUCCCAGGGCAGAGUGUGGGUCCCAGGAGCCGAGUGUGGGAGUCCCAGGACUGAGUGUGGGUCCAGGAUCAAGUACUGGAUCCCAGAACCGAGUGUGGGUCCAGGUCAGUGUGGAUCCAGGGCCAGGUGGUCCCAGGGCCGAGGAGAAUGUUGGGUCCCAGGGCCGAGGUGUGGGUCCACAGGAUCAAGAGUGUGGAUCCCAGGGGCCAGAGAGUGGCCAGGGGUCCCAGGCCAGGUGUGGUGCAGGAACAGUGUGGGUCCCAGGGCCAGUGUGGGUCCCAGGAUCAAGUGUGGAUCCCAGGGCCAGAGUGUGGAGUCCCCAGGGCCGAAGUGUUAGACAGUGGUGCUGGUGCCAUUGCAAGUCCGCACCGACCAUAAGUCCUCCCGCCACGCCUCCUAAAUCUUAUCCUACAUCCUUCCUCUGA